AUGGAUUCCCGUACCCACAGAGACAGGCUGAGCAAAGAGAAGCAGCAGUAUUUCUUAGGCAUAGCAAGCAUCCGGUUUGGAGCCCUAGAUUUUGACUGGUGCCGGCAACGGAAUCCGCUCAGUGGGAGCCCAGAUCAGAAGAAUGUGGCUAGUUUGGAGACCAUGUUUAGGCGUGGAUGUGACUGGUCCCCGGAGCAGGUCAGCCAUCAGAUCCCGGCCUUGAUCGAUCCGGCACUGCUCGAAGAAAGUCUACAGAGAGCCGAGAAGAGCCUCUCCCUUGAGGACCUCAAGAAAGAAGACGGGGUAUUUGCGGAACUAGAUCUUGCUGAUGGCAGAGUGAUUUGUCUCAAAGGUGAACACCAAGUUCUGGCCUCUGACGCCACCGUCGUAAACCGGAAAAAGCGUUGGAUUGUUCGUUUGUACUCAACAGACCUAAGCGAAGAUGCAAGAAACGACCUGGCAGAUGAAAGGGCGAGUGAGAGGCAAAUGACAGAUGCCGAGUACUUCUACAAUAUCACUUUGUUCUGGUUGAAGAACGGCGAUCCUGAUCAAGGACCCCGGCCCAACCCAUGGUUCGCUCAGCUUAUGCGUCAUUCCGAGGGCAAAGCGAAAAACUUGAAGCGGCUAUGGUCGGGUCCGUCCUCUCAAGGAGACUUAUUGAGGCGAUUCCAUGAGAUCCCUGCCCUCUUCUGGGGAAUCAGUCUCGGCAACGUAGGAAAGACAAUAGCCAUGCCGAGACAACAGACCCGAAAUCAGAUUAAACGUGUGUUUGACUUCUGGGACUACAUCUGCUGUCAUGAUGUGGUCAGUGGCAGAGCCUCAGGUGCAUACGCCGGCCUCAACCUCGCCAACAGUGGCGAGAUCUUGCGUAACUUCGACACCACAGAACGAGCCGCCAUCUUGUCUCGGCUCGAAUUAGCCACGACGGAUCGAGUUGUUCCAACGUUAGGGAUCCUCUUUAGGAAUACCCUAUAUCUACAGAGCGUUAUCGAUUGCCUGAGACACCUGGUUCCACGUCACCGUCAGGCGCGGGACCUAUGGGACGAUUUGAACAACGGAUUUGAAGAGAGAGGCGAUGGUCGUUGCUUGUUACAGGUAUCUGACACACGUUUCAAACUGGUCCACGUCAGUGAGAUUGACCAAUUCGAGAUCGCACGCAGACAGCUGUGGCUUUUUGCUUUACGAGAAUUUCCAUCCUUACCUCGUGAUGUGACGUCAAAACGAGCUGAGCCCAAGAGCUGCGUGGACGAGGCCAAGCUCUUUGAACUCGCGGUGCUUGCUCAUAGACUCGGAUGCCGAUCGGACCAGAUAGAUCAUAUACGGACCAAUACGUGCUGGAGACCAUCUCCUAUACAGUCCGUCUACAAACAGGAUUCGAAUAUUGAUUCAAAGCCUUACAAGCACGGCAAACCCCAUCCCGAGGACUUGAAGAGGUACAAAAGUUCGCUCUUUCUUUCGAAUCUCCACAAGCCGUUCGACCCGGAAAAUCUUGAAUCAUCUUUCUUCUUCAUCCAGCGAUCGCUCUACUUUGACAUCUAUCCAGAUAAACCGCAAGGUAUCGACGAGUUGCUGCAUAGGGCGGCCGAGGUGGGCGAGUGCGAACUGAUUGACGACGAAUACCGGCCUAGGAUACAGGGGGCCAGUGAACAAUUAAUAUGCCAAGAGGAUCAGCUACGCGCAUCAAUUUCCGAACUGCAGGAGAGCUUGGAAUCCCGCAAGAAAGAACUCGAAUCAGAGGCCCAGGAGAUGAGAAGUACAGAGGAGGAGGCGGCCCUUUUUCCGAUCGAAGAGGACACCCCACCGCCCACGUCCGAAACCUCAGACUUGCAAAGGAUGGCAUUCCCGGUGGAAAUGAGGAGAAAAACAAGGGUCGUAAAGACGGAGAUAGAGUUGACGGCAUGGUUAGAGGUACUUGAGCAACGAGGCUACAGUAUGGUUGACCAGCAUAUGAAGACAUUGGUGCCUCACUCAUGCUUCAAAGCUUUGAAGGACGAGGAACAAGAAAAGGACAGGCUCAUAAUUCUCCUCAAAGAAUUUCAUAGCGAGUAUGAUUUCCUGGAGGAGGGUUGUCUCCAGUGGGCAAAGAAAAGGGCAAGAGUAGAGUAUAUUUUCCGGGAUGCCGAUGAGAUGAGGGAAAAGAAGAGGACAAGGGUAAAUCAAACUGAUGAUGUUGAUGAUAUUCUUUAA